GAAAUAUAUUAAACCCUCAGUUAUUAUUAUCCAAAAUUCAAUACAUUUUGAAUGAAGACAUAGCUCCAUCUAAUCAUCCAAUCGGCGUUUUAACAACCACUGAACGUAAUAAUUGGGCUGAUUUAAGAAAUCAUCUUAUCAAAUUAGGAAAUGAAGAGUCAUUGCGUAUAAUAGAUGAUAGUAUUCUUAUGAUUGCUCUUGAUGAUGAAAAACCUGGUUCUGAUCCAAUAUCAUGUGUUAAGCAAUAUCUACAUUCUGAUGGGAUCAACAGGUGGUUUGACAAGUCAUUCACAUUAAUAGUAUGUGCUGAUGGAACAUCAGGAUUAAAUUUUGAGCAUUCGUGGGGUGAUGGAGUUGCUGUGUUGAGAUAUUUUCAAGAUAUUUCUAAGGAUUCUACUAACUUUCCAAAAUGUCAUCCUGAAAAUUUAAAUCAAGUAUUGACAUCAGUAGAUGCAUUCGAUGUGAAGAAAUUAGUUAAACUAUAUAAGAAACAUGUUGGUACUUAUGAAUCAUGCAGUACAGCAGCAUUCAAACAUGGAAGAACAGAAACUGUAAGACCGUGUACAAUGAAGACCGCUGAUUUUUGCUAUGCUGUAUCAAGUAAUAAUAAACCCUCUAACAAUGAUCUAGUGAACAUGAUAAAGCAAUGUUCAGUUGAACAUAGUAAACUUGUAAAGGAAGCUGCAAUGGGACAAGGGUUUGAUCGUCAUUUAUUCGCUCUACGAUUAUUAGCUAAAGAAAGCAAUUUAAAAAUUCCAGACUUGUUCACCGAUCCCGCUUAUGGUCUUAUUAAUCAUAAUAUUCUAUCUACUUCUAGUUUAACUUCAGAUUAUGUAUGGUUGGGAGGGUUUGGUCCUGUUAUAAAAGAUGGUUAUGGAAUUGGGUAAGUGUAAAAAAAAUUAAAAAAAAUUUCUUCRUGAUGAUUUUUUUUGAAUAA